GAAUCACUGCUAGAUCUGAAGAGCUCAGGUUUCUUUUGCAGCAAUGGCCACAAAAUGGGGCAUCUGUUCUGCUGGGAAGAUAAGCAAUGAUUUCAUGGUAGCUCUGCAGACCCUGCCCGCUGAGGACCACCAGGCCGUGGCUGUUGCAGCUAAAGAUCUGAAACGCGCUAAAGAAUUUGCCCGAACUCACAAUAUACCAAAGGUGUAUGGCUCGUAUGAAGAUCUUGCCAAGGACCCAAAUAUUGAUAUCAUCUAUGUUGGUGUCCUGCAUACAGUACAUCGAGAAGUAGUUAUGAUGUUCCUGCAGAACAAGAAAAAUGUCAUGUGUGAGAAACCACUAGCCAUGAACUCAAGAGAGGUUAAAGAGAUGACUGCAGCUGCAAGGAAAUACAACGUCUUUUUCAUGGAGGCAAUGUGGAGCCGCUUCUUUCCCGUAUAUGACCAGAUCCGCACUCUACUAUCCCAGAAAGCCAUAGGAGAUAUCAAAGUUGUGCGGGCAGAAUUUGGCUCCAACCAAUAUCAUGUUCCUCGGGCAGUAGGGAAGGAGCUGGGUGGUGGAGGUCUCCUGGACAUUGGUUGUUAUUGUAUCCAAUUUGCAUUGAUGGUAUUCAGUGGUGAAAAGCCAGAGUCUGUAACAGCUAAAGGUUUUCUAUAUGAGACUGGGGUCGAUGAAACUGUAACGAUUAUACUGCAAUACCCCGGUAAAAGGCAAGCCAUCCUCACCUGCACUAUCAUGGUUGGAAUGCCAAAUCAGGCUGCCAUUUGCGGUUCUACAGGCAUGAUUCAGGUUCCCUCGUGCAUGUGGUGCCCAACUUCAGUCAUUUUUAAUGGGAAAGAAACCAAAUAUCCUCUGCCCCAGUCUACGAAAGCCAUGCAUUUUACAAACAGCACAGGACUAAGCUAUGAAGCUGAGCAUGUACGCCAGUGUUUACUUAAAGGAUUAAAGGAAAGUCCACUAAUGACUUUGGCUGAUAGUGAACUACUGGCCACCAUUAUGGAGGAGGUUCGUAAACAACUUGGAGUUAAUUUUCCCCAAGACAAAGCUUGAACCUUCUACAUUUAAUAGGUGCAAAUAAUAAAUGUUUAAUAAAAAAUGUAACUUAAAAAAAAAGACAAAUGUAAUAAGCAUGAA